AUGUGUGAAGUAACCGUUUUGCAGGAUGGUUAUUCAUAUCAAAAUAGCAGUAGUGAAAUGAUUGCAAAUUGCACAUGUUCCUUAAUAACAGGUGUUCAUAACAUAAUUGUCGAUACAAUGACACCAUGGGAUUCAGAAAAAAUUCUUCAUUCAUUGGAGAAACACAAAUUGUCUUGUGAUAAAAUAAAUUAUGUAAUUUCAACUCAUGGACAUUCUGAUCACACUGGUAAUAACAAUCUAUUUCUUAAGGCAACCCACAUAGUUGGAUGGAGUAUUUCUUUCAAAGACAAAUAUUACAUACACCCAUUUGAGAAAGGGAAUGAAUUCAUUGUAAAUGAAUUUGUGAAAGUUGUUCCUACUCCUGGUCAUACAAUGUCUGAUGUUACAGUCCUAGUAAAGUCUAAGGAUGAGAUUGUAGCUAUAGUUGGUGAUUUAUUUGAGAAACAUGAAGACAUUAUGAACCAGAAUAUUUGGAUGAGUGUUGGCUCUGAAGAUCCUAUACAACAGGCUAAAAAUAGAGCCAAGAUAGCUGAUGCAGCAGAUUGGAUUAUUCCAGGUCAUGGACCUAUGUUUAAAGUGACUAAUGAAAUAAGGACAGCAUUAAGAAAUCAAAUUUAG